AUGAGUGCCGUUGUACUGGGUGUUUUAGUAUAUUCUGGUGAAAGCUGCACGGUCAACGAUCGACCUGGGAUUUGUAGGUUGCUCUCACAAUGUUCUCAUUUAGUUAAUGAGAUCCAAGAGGCUGGAACACCGAUGCCGUUGUAUCUGAGAAGAAAACUACAAAGUCUCUCAUGUGGCUUCGAUGAUGAUCAGCCUAUGGUUUGCUGUAUUUCUAACCCCUAUGCCACGGAUACGGGGGAUCCAAAUAAUAAUGGGUUACUUAAACCUUAUAAUAAUGACGAUAUUGAUACAGGAAAAAAUAGAGGCGGUGAUAAAAGUGGUGAAAACACAAUAGACUCCAUACCAGAUAUUCGGUAUCACCCAAAACUAAAUUUGCUUCCAACGAAUUGUGGUGUCAUUGAAAAUGACAGGAUUUUCGGAGGAAACAGAACAAGACUAUUUGAAAUGCCGUGGAUGGUGCUACUUUCAUAUGACUCCCCUCGAGGUACAAAAUUAAGUUGCGGUGGUACAAUUAUAACCAGACGGUACAUCUUAACAGCAGCACACUGUGUGUCUUUCCUGGGAUCAAGACUGAUAUUGUGUGACGUCAUCCUUGGAGAGUACGACAUAAGAACUGACCCGGAUUGUGAGAGAGUUGAAGGAGAAAUCUUUUGUGCACCAAAAGUUAGGAAUGUAUCUAUAGACGAGACUAUACCUCAUCCAGGGUAUUCUCCCACGAGGCUAAGAGAUGAUAUUGCGUUAAUAAGGCUCUCAGAACCAGCAGAUUUCUCCUUGGAUAGCAUAAAGCCAAUCUGCUUGCCGACAUCUCCAACAUUGUUAUCAGAGCAGUUGGAAGGUUUGCAAGGUGUAGUGGCAGGAUGGGGAACCACCGAAGAUGGGCUUCAGUCACCUGUCUACUCAGCGUUGAUCUACCAAUACUCACCAAUUCUCAGUGCCAGUCGAUCGCUUCAAAUUUACGAUACUCAACUAUGCGCAGGCGGAGUUGUGGAUAAGGAUUCCUGUGGUGGUGAUUCAGGAGGACCAUUGAUGUACCCUGGAAGAACACAAUCCGUUGGAGUCAGAUACGUUCAACGGGGCAUAGUGUCUUAUGGCUCCAAACGUUGUGGGAUCGGAGGAUUUCCUGGAGUAUACACUAGAGUACCAUAUUACAUGAAAUGGAUUUUAGAUAAUAUUAGAGACUAG